UGCGCUCUCUGCCAGACCUGAGGGGUUAAAAACCCAGUUACCCUGCAGCACCUCUGGCUAUUCAUUCAUUCAAGUACAAAUUCGACUUAAAAAUACACCCAAGUGUGGUGCAAUUAUUCCGUUUGCCAUAAAAAUGCAAAGCAGCCACCUUUUAAAGGCAGUUCUGUGCCUUUUCAUGCUGUUUCAUGCUUGUUUCAGUGCUGACAAUUUUAAAUCGAGCACUUACUGUAUUUGGACCAGAUCCACUUCAGGUGGGCAAACACAGUAUGCGUUUCUCCGAAGAACUCAGACAUCUCUUCUCUUGUUUGACAGCAUCUGGAACAAAAACAACAGCCUUUUUAGUUGCAUAACAAGUGAUGAGCAAUCUGUUAUUGAGAGUUACCUGUCCAAGUGUUGGGAAGACAGCUCUUUCUCAGAGACCCUUGAUGCACGCUUUGACAUCAGUCAGCUGAUUGAACCUGACGGCCCCUGUGAGGCUGCUGGUAUUACGGAGGAAUUUACAGCAUCCGUACGCAGGGCCAGAGACCUGAAGAGCGUUGAACCUGAUGGAUCCGUGUACCAGGAUAGCGGAGAAAGUUCCAGACAGACACUUCACCGAUCGAAGCGCUCAUGGAUGAUUCCAGGAACUCUGUGGUGUGGCUCGGGAAAUAAGGCUACUGGCUUUACUGACCUGGGUAUCUUUGAAGAUACUGAUAAUUGCUGCAGAGAACAUGACCACUGUAAAGACACCAUCGACUCUUUUUCAUACAACUAUGGUGUCUUCAACACAAAUAUCUUCACUUUAUCACACUGCGAUUGUGACAACAGGUUCCGCCGCUGUCUCCUGGGUGUUAAUAAUACCAUGUCCAACCUUGUGGGCUACGGAUACUUCAACGUGCUAAAGAUGCGCUGCUUCGAGUUUUCUCAACGGAUGCAGUGUGUGCAGAGAACGUGGUGGGGCAUGUGUGUAAAUUCAGAACUUGCUCAAUACGCCGUGGUCAAAGACGCAGCAAACUACACCGACACACUCCCUGAGCAAGACAUGGAGACUCUGGAAAUGAGUUUCCAUCAAGCAAUCACUUUAGGACAAAACCAGGUCACCAAAAACAUAGAAGAAUCGCUUAUCAUGCAAUCCAACGAUUCCAGGAGCAGCACUGAAGAGCCGAGUCCAAUUUCUACAUCAUCACCAUGGCCAUCUGUUACAACACUGCUGUCCCGGAAAUCUGAAGCUUCCGUAGUCACAACAUACGCACCAAAGACAACAAUCCCCCAAAAUAAACCAGACAGACAACAUCAAGGCAAGUUUGAGAUGUGUGGCCUCUACAGGGAUCUGGAUUCAUGCCAUCUACAGAUCCCUGCUUUACAAGAGAAAUUCGGUUUACGAAACCCUGACCUGAGAACCCUUUACCACUGUAACUGUACUGCCAGGCUCGUCCAAAAGAUCUUGUCCAAAGAACUGGAUGAAACUGACCCUGUGCAUUUGCUGUUGAUGGACUUUGUGUCACAAUCCUGUUUCACCCUACCGCAGACUGAGAACUGUCUCAAUGGAAAAAGUUGCUCAACCCAUCCACCAGAAGCACAGCUCAUCCAACACUGGAGGAAAGACGUGGCAAGUGGACGACAUCUAGUGGACUUCAAGCGCAAACUCAAGAGGAUGAACCUCAAGCGCUCUAAGAGAAAAGACUCUCCAGUCAGAUUAUAUAAGAAAUGCAUCAGGAUGCACACUAAACUGCAGAGACCUCGAGUUCCUGAACGGAAACUGUCAUAAAGCCCAUUUUAACUCAACAAAGCAGAACAAAACUUGUAAUGGGAAUGGGGGAAAUGUUUUUCUUCAUAAAAACAAUACAUUUUGAUGUAAAAAAUUGUGUUAAUAUAGUACAGUGAAUAUAUUUAUAUUGAGAAACACAGGGUUAUAGUAGGCUAUUACAUUUAGCCUAAUAUAAUAGGUCAGAGUGUCAUGGUUACAUCGUUAUGUGGUAAUUGUUAUUUUACGAUAGCUGCAAGGAAUUAUGUGCAUUUAAAGCAAAAUUGUGGAAUCUGUCUACAUUGUUGUAAUAAUCUGAAAUGGAUAUUCAGCCACACACUAUAGCUAAUGCAUCUUAAAAAUUCAAAAGCAAUAGAAUUUUCUUUCAUAACUAUUUUUUGGGCCUCAUGCUAAGAUCGACGAGCUAGCCAUAGAUUUCAUUCAAGUCUAUCUUUACUCCACAAUCCAGAGAUAAACUAGAUAUAAGUUUGAAUUCAAACCCAUGCGAACUUUAUACAUCAGUAUUGUACAUCCCAAAAUCAUUUUCAUACCUCAGAAUCUGUUUUCCGUUAUGUUUUUCUCCUGAGGCGCAAAUUCCCGCUUAUUCUCCUCAGGUAGCGGCAUGCAAUUGCGCAUGCGCCGAAAUGUCACCACUCUUGAGAAUUGACGGUAUGUUUUGGAUAAUAUUUGCACUAUAUGUUAAUUAAUGCAACAAGCGAGUGUUGCAAUGUAUGUACAUUUGUAAAUAACAUGUAAAUGAAAUUUAAUAAAAAAAUCUUUAUAUGA